CAGGCCGGUGCAAGAUCUUGUAGCUAGGGAUGCUCUGGGCAGCUGGUGGGGCAGAGGAGACUGGCUACGGGUGAGGGCGCGGGAGACGACGGAGAUCGGGCUGGUGGGGGAGCAGCCACAUCCAUCCCGCGGGAGCAAGGGGUGGGCACCUCGGCAGCCCGGGACUUACAACCGCCAUGCCCGUGAAGAACAGAUACAACCUGGUAGAUGAGGGUUGCGAUUCACGGCUCCCGCUGCACAGCGAAGAAGCCUUUCAGCACGGGAUCCAAUUCCAGGCCAAGUACAUUGGGAGUUUGGAUGUGCCCAGACCCAACAGUCGAAUGGAGAUUGUGGCCACAAUGAGGCGGAUCCGGUGCGAAUUCAAAGCAAAAAAUAUUAAGAAAAAGAAAGUCAGCAUCGUGGUGUCUGUUGAUGGGGUGAAGGUGAUUCUCAGAAAGAUGCAGAAGAGGAAAGAGUGGGCUUGGGAAGAGAGCAGGACACUGGUGAUGCAUGACCCUGUCUACAGAAUCUUCUAUGUGUCCCAUGACUCUCAGGACCUGAAGAUAUUCAGCUACAUUGCCAGGGAUGGGACCAAUAACUCCUUCCGGUGCAACGUAUUUAAGUCCAAGAAGAAGAGCCAGGCCAUUCGAGCAGUGAGGACAGUGGGCCAAGCCUUUGAGGUUUGCCACAAGCUGAGCCUACAACACCCUCUACCCAAUGCUGAUGCAGCCAGCCGCCAACCCACAGAGAAGAGGCCUCAAACAGCAUAUCAUCUAGAGGGAAGGAAACUGAGAGAGGAAGAUGGGGCCGACGGGGACUCUGAUAGAGCUGUUCUGAGGGAACAGACCAGCCAAGCCAAGCCAGAAAAGGAAAGACCCAGAGAGGUAUGCCGCUGUGCCCAGGAUGUUGGAUCUGGCUCUGCCCACCCUGCCAGUGCCCAGCCAUGGUCACCCUCAAGAAGCCUGGAAUCCUCCCCCAAGUCAUCAGUCAUGCCAGUAACACCACUCUUGACUCCACAUUGUACCCGGCUCCUUCAUCACCAGCUUCUCCAGCAAUGGCAGCAGGCUCAGGUAGCCACUGCCCAGGUACAGCUCCUCACAGACCAGCUUGCAGCAGAGACAGCAGCCAGAGUGGAGGCCCAGGCCAGGAUCCGCCAGUUGCUACUGACCAACAGAGACUUGCUCCAGCACAUGGCACUGCUGGGGCGGCAGCUAAGAGAACUAGAGGAAAGAGCUUGGGCCCGGCCUAAUGGUAAGGAGGGUUCAGGACAAGAUAGGGAUCUGGUGGUGAGAAGAUGUGGAUCAAAAAGAGAAGGGGGCUGGCACUGA